GGUUCGGACUUCGCCUGCGGCUGAACGUUGAGACUGACCAAUACAUGCCGGGUCCACGUGACUCGGUCGGAAUCAAGGUGGCGCUGCAUCACCAGAAUGAUAUCCCCAAAGGAAUGUCCAAGGAUUUGGGAUUUGCCCUGUCACCUGGAACCUACAACCUGGCUGAAGUGACUAUGAGUCAGAUCACCAAUCAACCGAUGCCGUACGGUAAGUGCGCUACCAAACAACUCAAGCAUGUUGAGAUGUAUUCCGUCAUGGCCUGCAUACUGGAUUGUCAAACCGAUUAUGUCGUUGAGAAAUGUCACUGCAAAGACGCAUUCAUGCCAGGGGAUUUUCCAGUUUGUUCCCCAUACCAGUUACAAACAUGUCUCAAUCCUAUGAUGGAAUCAUUUAUCAGUUCAUUCGAGACCAACUGUUCUUGUCCUGUGCCUUGUGAGCGAACUGAGUACUCGACUAUGCUGUCAUCUGGGAUCUUUCCUGCUAGACACGUUGCCAUGGCACUAGACAAAGAGUUGAACAUGUCUAUGGAUUACUCCAGAAACAACCUUCUGGAACUGAUAGUUUAUUUUGAGGAAUUGAAGUACACGCGGAUUACACAGCAGCCGGCUUACAGCUUGGAAAGUCUACUCAGUGACAUUGGCGGCUCUAUGGGUCUGUUCAUGGGGGUUAGUAUCCUGACGCUAUUUGAACUGAUGGACGUGUUACUCAGAACUGUCUACUAGGAACCGAGCAAUCAGUC